UUCACUUCACUCACUCUAAAAGUUAUCAAAAAUAUGAAGAGUUGGUCUAGAAUUCUGGCUGCUUUGGCUCUUGCAAUUUCCAUGGUAUUUUCGACGUGGCCUAAUGUUGCAACAGCAGAAGCACGUCCAUUGGCUUCUGCUUCGGCAGCUGCAUCAGAAGCAGAUUUUUCAACUUCAUCACAAGGUCUUAAAGAUUUGGAGGCAGACAAGAAGAAGAACCCUAAUAAGCAAAUUGGCUCAAGCUUUAGAAGGAUUCCUCCAAGCACUCCAAAUCCCACACAGAACAAGUCUAAACCUCCGUGAGAUUGUUGAAAGAGGGAGAGUACAGAAGAAUAAUAGUAUGCAGCUAGCUUCCUUUUUUGUCAUUCAUUUCUAGACUACUUGAAAUGCAAGUACAAUUUUGCUACCUGAGGUUUUGUUAGCUCUAACUUUUGAGUGUAAAUUUGUAGUCUGUUUUUAAUGUAUAUAUAGAAUAAGAACUCUAUAUUUAUGGUUACA